GUCGUCAUCUCCCUGCGACCGCGGCUCAGUCUGGUCCCGCUUCGCGCCAAGCGGCCGCAGCAUCAGGAGCCUCGUCGCAGACAGACGAGCUGAGAGCAGACGACCGCCAGAGACGCGUCUUCACCAUGGACAUCAGACGCUUCUUCGCACCGACUGCGGCGAAGAAACCGCCUUCGAAUGGGAACAUGAGGGCGGAGGAGGAGGAGGAGGAGGAGAAGAAGAGGAGGAGGAGGAGCAAGCCGCUGUCACCAGCCGAGGUCGUGAAAGAGAAGAAGAAAGAGACCUCAAAGGUCAAAAGCUCCAAAAAAGAAGAGAAAUGCAAGGAUGGUGAGAAAAAACGAAAGAAGCGCGGCGUCAUAGAGUCGGACUCGUCGGAGGAGGAGCCAGUGAGGAAGUCAAAGAAAUCCCCCAAAGGGAAAGUGAAGAGCAGCAAGGCAGCGCCGCCUGCCAAAAAAGAUCCUGUGCAGUACGUCUCUGAAACAGACUCGGACAGUGACAACUUUCAAUCCUUGAAGAAGGUCUCACAAACCAAGAAGGACAACACGUCCAAACAGACAAAGUCACAAGCGGAGGGCGCUCGUCUUGGGCCGAAGCCUCCUGUCAAGUCCUCCACCACACAGGUGAAAACUGGGCUGAAGUCCCCUCCGGCGCUCAUCACCCCCAAGAAAGUCACGCCUCCUCAGCCCAAACACACUCCCACCUCAGUAUUGGACUACUUCGGCGGUGGGACUAUUCAGCGCUCGGACAAGAAGCUGGUUGCCAGCACCAAACGAAAAGCCCCAACUCAGGACACAGACGACCUGAUCAGUGAUGAGGAAAUUGCCAGACAGCUGCAGAUGGAUCAGGACAUGGAGAUGGAAAAGCAGGUCCACGAGGACGAGGAGUUUGCCAGGACGCUGGCCCUGCUGGAUGAGGAGCCACAGGCAAAGAAGGCUCGUAAAGGCUCGGAUGAAAAACAAGCCCCUGCCGUGAUUCCCAAAAAGAGCUGCACAGACUCUGCUGCUGGCAGCACGAGCAGCCUGUCGAAGACCAACCGGAGCGUGUUGGAGGACGUGGUCAGUCCGUCUCCUCAGAAGAACCUUUCCUCUCUCAAAGCCAGCUCCAAACUGGCCAUGAUGAAGAAAAGGGACCAAGAGAAAGACGCAGGGCCAAAGAGCAAAACCCCCAUGAUUUCACCCACAAAAAUUAAAACGUCUCCCAGAAAGGAGCCCAUCGCCUCAUCAAGCUCAGACGUGAAGUUUACACCCAAAACAGGAACAACGCCCACUGCACUUAAAACUUCUCCAAAGAAACCAGAGAGCACAAGCACGAGUCCCGAUGACGCUGAGAAGAAGAAAGUCAACUCUGCAGCUUUCAGGAACUUCCUCAACAGAGAUGGACCACGAGCUCUGGGCUCCAAGGAAAUCCCAAAAGGAGCAGAGAACUGUUUGGAGGGCUGCGUGUUUGUGUUGACGGGAGUCCUGGAGUCCAUGGAGAGAGAUGACGCCAAAUCCUUGAUCGAGCGCUACGGAGGCAAGGUGACGGGCAACGUCAGCAAAAAGACCACCUACAUGGUGCAGGGCAGGGACAGCGGGGUCUCGAAGAUCGAAAAGGCCGAGAGUUUUGGAACCAAGAUCCUGGACGAGGACGCUCUGCUGGAGCUAAUCAGAACCAAACCAGGAAAGAAGUCCAAGUAUGAGAUUGCUGCAGAGGCAGAGGUCAGCAAAAGCAAAGCCUCAAAAACCAGGACUCCACCUGGUCAAGCAUCAAAGAGCACCCCCAAAGCCCAGAAGAUCUCCCCUUCAAAGGGCAACUCCAGGUCCCCUCACACCCCAAGCCCGUCAAAGACCGGCCUGGGACAAGGUCACGGCAGCAGGACUACUCCUUCCGGGAGAGGCUCAGGCCACAAGACCCGGAGGGAGCUCGGCCUUUCCUCCUCCCGUUCGCCUUCAGCCCCGGAACCAUCCCCCCGAUCGAGGACUGCAGAGGACGCCAGUCUGCUGUGGGUGGACAAGUACCGUCCGCGCUCUCUGAAGACUGUGAUUGGCCAACAGGGGGAUCAGAGCUGUGCCAACAAGCUGCUGCGGUGGCUGCAGAGCUGGCACAAGAGCCACAGUGCCACCACUCCCAAGGCAACAGCAAAGUUUGGUAAGUUUGGAGGAGGGAAAGAUGAUGGAUCAUCAUUUAAAGCUGCUCUGCUCUCUGGACCUCCGGGUGUGGGAAAGACCACUACCGCCGCCCUGGUCUGUGAGGAGUUGGGCUUCAGCUACGUGGAGAUGAACGCCAGCUGUACUCGCAGCCAAAAGAACCUAAAGCAGGUCGUUGCCGAGUCACUAAACAACACCAGCAUCGAGGACUUCUACAAAGGCACGUCUCAGACAGUGAGCAAUAAACACGUCCUGAUCAUGGAUGAGGUUGAUGGCAUGGCUGGCAAUGAGGACCGUGGAGGAAUUCAGGAGAUGAUCGGUCUGAUCAGAAGUUCAAAGAUUCCCAUCAUCUGCAUGUGCAAUGAUCGUAACCACCAGAAGAUCCGGUCCCUGGCCAACUACUGCUUUGAUCUGCGCUUCCAGAGGCCACGGGUGGAACAGAUCAAGGGAGCCAUGAUGUCCCUCGCUUUCAAAGAAGGGAUCAAGAUCCCGCCCCCAGCUCUCAACGAAAUCAUCCUCGCUUCCAAUCAGGAUGUCCGACAGGUGAUCCACAACCUGAGCAUGUGGUCAGCGAAAGACAAGGUGAUGACGUACGACCAGUGCAAGUCUGACGCCGCCAGCGCCCGCAAGGACAUGAAGCUGGGGCCAUUCGACGUUUGCAGGAAGGUGUUCGUGUCGGGCGAGGACACUUCCCACAUGAGCCUCAUCGACAAGUCCGACCUCUUCUUCCACGACUACUCGCUCGCGCCGCUCUUCGUCCAAGAGAACUACCUGCACGUUCGUCCGGCGGCUGCCGGUGGAGAUCUGAAGUCCCACCUGGUGUUGCUCAGCAAGACAGCGGACUCCAUCUCUGACGGAGACCUGGUGGACAGACAGAUCCGCUCUCGGCAGAACUGGUCACUGUUGCCAACCCAGGCCAUCUAUGCCAGUGUGUUGCCAGGCGAGCUCAUGAGAGGCUACAUGAGUCAGUUCCCGACGUUCCCCAGCUGGCUCGGCAAGAAUUCCUCCACCAGCAAACAUUCCCGUAUCGUUCAGGAGCUGGCAUCACACAUGAGUCUAAAGACAUUGAGCAGCAGACAGGCGGUGAACCUGGACUACCUACACUACCUGCGGCAGGCGCUGCUCAGCCCACUUCAGAGGCUCGGAGCGGAGGGUGCCAGUCAGGCUGUGCAGCUGCUGGACAACUACCACCUCAUCAAGGAGGACGUGGACAGCAUCAUGGAGAUCAGCGUCUGGGGCGGACAGGCCGAUCCCUACUCCAAACUGGACUCUAAGGUGAAAGCAGCCUUCACCCGAGCCUACAACAAAGAAGUUCACCUGACGCCGUACUCCCUGCAAACUGUGAAGAAGGGCCGCCGCGGUGGAGCCGGCGGGGAGUCGGAGCAGGGCGGGGAGGACGUGGACAACGGACAGCAGGAGUCCGAGGAUGAAGGGGAGGGCCUCAAAGCCGACGCCAUGAUUAAACAGAAGAAGGCCAAGGCCCCCAAGGAGUCAAAGCCGAAGAAAGAAGAUUCUGGGAAGGGCAAAGGCAAGGGGAAAGGCAAGGCUAAGAAAUGACAUUAAGAGAAACACAAACUGACCUUUAUUACAGAAUAUAAUACUUUUCUCUGCACUUACACUGAUCCUGAAGUGAGCAUUGUAAAGUAGUGACGCCAGCCUUAGACUCUUCAGGUAACUCAUCUGACCCUCGGCCAAACACUCCAACAACACCGGCUGAGAAACAUCUGUCCUGUUUAUUUUUAAACCUCCUGUCAUGACAGUAUUCGUCUCCAUACUGAACAAAUGAUGCACAUUGUUUUCAUUGUUCCAGCCGUUAUCAUGUCUGCUCACCUCUGUCGUCUGAUCAGUAGUGUUGUGCAUUUCUUCUGUCGUCUGUUUGUGGUCCAGGUGUCGAGGCUGUAAAUAAUGUGACUGUUACCUUUUGCUAUGUCUACAGUACAUAUUAGAAUAUUUCUGCUUUGGUUGUACGGUUAGCACUGAUGACUCUGUAAAUGUCACUUUUGUAAAGAUUUCAUGAGGAUUAAUAGAGAAAUAUGUCGCUCAUGAGUGUCCUUGAUUUUUUUUCUUUUCUUAAGAGAAGUGGUUUUGUUUUUAUAUAAUCAUUUUUUUUAAUAAUUCAUUCAAAUUAUAUAUUUAGUUCAUGCAUUUGAUUUUGAAAAAUCCACUCAAUCCAAAUAAAUGAUCUAUGCAGUGAA